AUGCCCGGGGGUCAACACGCCCGUCCGAGAGGUACCGGGGGCUCAACACCCCGUCCGGGUCCCCCGGGCUCAACACGCCCCUGCAGGGGUGUCGGGGGGGUCAACACGCCCUCCGACGAGGUACCCCGGGGGGUCAACACACCCCUCCGGGUUUUCCCGCGGGCUCAACACGCCCAUGCGGGGUGUCGGGGGGUCAAACGCCCGCCGACAGGUACCGGGGGCUCACACGCCCCCUCCGGUGUCCGCGGGGUCAACACGGCCCCUGCGGGGGGUCGGGGGCUCAACACGCCCGCCGACGAGGUACCCGGGGGCCAAACGCCCGUCCCGGGGCCCGCGGGCUCAACCCCCCCCAGCGGGGGUGUCGGGGGCUCAAAACCCCGUCCCCACGAGUACCGGGGCUCAAAACCCCCCGUCCGGUACCGGGGGCUCAACACGCCCGCCCCGGUUUCCCGCGGGCUCAACACGCCCAGCGGGAGUGUCGGGGGGCUCAACACGCCCGCCGACGAGGUACCGGGGCUCAACACCCCCAUCCGGUGUCCCCCCGGGGGUCAACACGCCCAAGCGGGGGUGUCGGGGGCUCAACACCCCGUCCCACGAGGUACCGGGGGGCCAACACGCCCAUCCGGUGACCCGCGGGCUCAACACGCCCAUCGGGGGGGGGUCGGGGGUAAAAACGCCCUCCGACGAGGUACCGGGGGCUCAAAACGCCCAUCCCGGGGUCCCGCGGGCUCAACACCCCCUGCGGGGGUGUCGGGGACUCAACACCCCCGUCCGACAAGGGCCGGGGCUCAACACCCCUUUCCGUGUCCCCCGGGUCAACACGCCCAGCGGGGGUGUCGGGGGGUCAACACGCCCGUCCGACAGGGGCCGGGGCUCAACACCCCGCCGGUGUCCGCGGGGGUCAAACCCCCCUGCGGGGGGGUCGGGGGCUCAACACGCCCCUCCGACAAG